UUACGUGUCUCUGGUUUCUUUCCUCUUUCUGUCUCUUGUUUUGAAUAACCGGUGCGUAUAGAGAAUGCGGCUGCUGAGCUCUGCAGCUUGGCGACAGCGCACCUUGUCAACAGUGAGAACCUGCGUAAAAUGUCCGUCAAAAAAAUACCCGUCGACAUCUGAGUGUCAUUUAGCAGGACUAUCAUGACGAUUAAAGGGGCAGACAGCCCGAAAGCUCGCCAUGGCCCCGUGCGCGCUUUACCGCAGUGGAUGCGGAUGUAUUUCUAUGGAAUGCACGGCAUCACUUUGGACAUUCUGUCGUCGUCUGCGCGCAGGUUUCUAGACGGCAACGAUUUCACACUGCUGGGUUUCUCCUCGCCUUAUCUGUGCAUCGUUCACUCAAUUACGCAUCUGCUUUUGGAGAAGAUCUACCUGCAGAAGAGAUGCUUCCGAGGGCGACCCGUCAUCUUCCAUCUCGUCUUUUAUCCAUCCCUGUACAUUUGCUUACAGAUUUUGAUUGGGAAUGUGGUGACCUGUACGGACAACCUGAGGGUGGUGUCCGUCACCCAGCUCGUUGUGCAUUACGUCCUUGCGUUAUACUUCACAAAUGUUUUUCAUAAAGGCUUCGUGCGACUGCAGUAUCACAAUCGGGUGUCAUUGCGCCCGCGCCCGAAUGGCUUAUCUGAUGUCGUGCGCUUCAUGUUCUUCGGCAUGCACGGAUUUCUGGACGAGGUUGUAUUCACCUCUGUGUUUAACCUGUUUGAGAAAGCAGACGGUGCCCUUAUGGGACAUACAUCCUUGUGGUCGUUUUUCAUGUAUGGAAGUUGCAGCUUUGUCGUGGAGAAGCUUUACAUGCACCUGCACUUCAGACGGGGUUGGGGAACCUGGCGCCGGCUGCCCAUUUACAUCUGCUUCAUUUACGCGUGGGAGUUCAGUUGGGGCCUCGCGCUCAGACAGUGCGGCGCGUGCUCGUGGGAUUACUCGCACUAUCCUCUUAAUUUCAUGGGUCUGGUGACUUUGCUGUAUCUACCUGGAUGGGUUUGUUUGAGUUUGUAUCAGGACGUCUUGUCAAACGUUCUGCUGAGGGUUGUGUGUAAUGAUAAGGAUGAGGAGGAGAUGAAGGAAUGUGGUGCCGAUGGGCAAAUGGUGACAAAAUGCAAACCUGAGGCAGACAGAAUGUGUUUAUCAUAAUAUAUAAUUUUCUUGAGCAAAACAAGCACUAUGUGUGGCAUCACUGAAGCAAUUUUUGCAGUCCAAAGAAUUUCAGAAAUGUUUAAAUAACAACAGGGCUUGUUGUCACACGACUGAUAAAUAUCUACAAAAUCAAGCAAAGAGGAAACAUUUGACAUUUGCAACAUUUGCCUUUGAACUUUAGACAUAAACCUAUGUGUAGUGUGACAACAAGCCCCAUUCUCCCUUGCUUCAUUCAGCGGCCACAUAUUUUCGGGCUACAUGAUCAGAUUUUUAAAUCAUAUAUUAAAAUUUUAUCCCCAAACAUUUGGUGUGACAUACCGGGAUGCACAAGGACUUUAAACAGUGCCAUGUUACAUACGUUCUCAGAGAAAAACAGAGUUCUCAGGAGAAUAUCAGUACCAGCGUAAAACUCAUCAGAGAAACGUUUCAAGUUUACAAGUGUAGCUGCAUUAGCAAUCUUUAAUCUAAUGUGUGCAGUAUCAAGAGCUAUUCUGAAGACAGACUGAACUGUCAUUUGACAAAUGGCAGUAUUUUUAAAGCAGUUCACACAAAUGACUGCUGAGUAUAGAAAAUCUGGAUGAUUGUUGUAUUGCAUGCGUUGUAACUGCAUGACUCAGGAUUUUGCAUGUUGAAACUGCAGCACUCAGAUGUGGCCCAUCUGAAUGCUCAUCAUAAUCUGUAGCGACUGAGAGAUAAACUAUGAAAACUCUUCACAAAGCAAUUCUGAGAGUUUUAAACAUGAACUGAGCGAGUGCCUUUAUAACACAUCAGGGCAGCUGGGCUUCUGUAAUCUGAAACUCUUUUUUAUCUGUAUCUGUAUGGAAACAUGUUCAGGCAUAAUUUUUGAACAAAAGAAACCUCAGUAUGCAGCAUUUUAUUAAUAUUCACAAAGAAGUCUUACUCUGGCAGCUAAAGUAAAUGACUUUAUUGGCGAGCGCUUAUAAACAACAAUAGAUUUUGUUCUGCUUAAAGGAAAACACCAGUUUUUCAAUUAAUUAAAAUGUUCUUACCUCAACUUAGAUUAAUUAAUACAUCCCUAUCUUUUUCAAUGCGUGCCCUUUUAAUCUUUGUACAGCACCUCGUGAAUGUGUUAGCAUUUAGCCUAGCUCUAUUCUAUGGCUUCAAACAGGGAUGAAUUUAGAAGCCACCAAACACUUCCAUGUUUUUCCUUUUUAAAGACUUUUACAUGAGUAGUUACACGAGUAAGUAUGGUGGUACAAAAAAUAGUUUGGAGCCAUAGGAAUGAAUGGGGCUAGGCUAAAUGCUAACACAUUCAAGAAGCGAUGUACAAAGAUUAAGUGCACGCAUUGAAAAAAGAUAGGGAUGUAUUAAUUAAUCUAAGUUGAGGUAAGCACAUAGUAAAAUAUUGAAAAACGGUGGUGUUUUCCUUUAACAUGUUGAGACUUUUUUUAAAUGGACAGACUUUUAAACGAAUGAGCACCACACACUGUGAAUAACUACUGUGAGUGUCUGUUCUAAACUCUAAUGACUGAAUAUACUUUAAUUUAAGGGAUCUGGUCCUUUAUACUGCACUGUGGGUUUUGCUCUUGCAAAUCAUUAUUUCAUUUCCAAAAGAUGCAGGAAAUAUUUCCUGUAUAUGUUAUAAGAGAACUGCCAAAGUUUAGUGUAGUAAAUUACCUUUAGCCUCAAAACACAAUGAGAAUUUACAGUUUUAGCAACAUGCCUGAUAUUAUCCAGAAGACAACAGGCUUUUUAAGAUUCAUAACUGUAGGCUAACUGGUUUGAUGUGGACAUUAUUUCUUAUUGCAUGCAGGUCACUUGUUGAUGUAAAGACUCUCGGCAGCUAUGGAUGUUUCUGCACAAACCUCUAACUUUUAAAAGAACACAAUUGUUAUAUUUGGAGGAAUGGGUUGAUUUUCUUGUAUGUAUUUUUUAGUACAGUUUGGUUUACUUUACAAUAUAUAUUUCACUUAAUGGCAUUCAUUUUUAACUUAUUAUAGUAACGUUUGCAUCAUCAUGGUUUUGUAUGUGUCUCAGUUCAGACUAUGCACUUGUUAAAUGAUUAAAGAUAAAAGUAUGACUGUUCACCACCUCUGAAUUUCCAUGGUGUUAUUUAUUUUUGUUAAGCCAGAAAUAAAGUUGUCUGCACAUUUAUAUACACGAAGAAUUAAAAGCUUUGCACACUUGUGUCUCUUAGUGUGGUUGUGACAAACCUCAGUACCCAGGAGUUAGCUUUAGAUUCAAGAAGUGAUCUCUGAACAUUUGUAAGAUCAAAACAUUUAUCAGAUCUAUCUUCCACCACACUACACUUUAAACUUACUUAGUCUAUAUAGGGUAUGUUUUCUGGUCUUAAAAUUAUUACUACAGAGGCAUAUGAUUGAUUAAAUUCUGACAAUCAAAGUAACACUCUUAGAAAGAAUUUACACAUGUUUGUGCGUUAAACUUUUAACACAUUAUGUGGUAUUUUAACACAUUAUGUGUCAUUUUGUGUUGAUUUUGUUUUAAAAAAAUAACACAAGUUGUGUUAAAAUGUGUUGUUUCAAUAAUAACACAGAGAUGGGUGGUUCUGGGACAACGCAUUUAGUGUGUUGUCCCAGAAUCAACACUAAAGUGUUGUUUUUAAGACAUUCGUUCUAAGAGUGAACAUAUCCAGAGUUAUGAUUUGAAGAUUCAUGGGUGACUAUAACAUCAAUAAAUAUCAGGUGUGGAAUGUUGUCAUGGUGACACCAUUAUCAGUUAUUG